UAUUGCAGAUUGAGACUGCUUGACAUUUCACGGCUUAUAUUAUUGCUAUUUCGCGUGAUUACUUGGCAAAAAGUAACAAGACCCAUACGAUUUUGUCACACACCGAAAACCGAUUACAGAUUGUCAAUUCGUAAUUUUACAUCGUGCGAUACGUAAACAUGCCACUCGAUCUUCCAGGAUUUGCUUAUGCAGCUUUUGUUGCAGCCGGUGGAAUUAUGGGUUAUGUCAAGUCCCAAUCAAUUCCAUCAUUGGGAGCAGGACUAUUAUUUGGUAGCAUCAUAGGAUAUGGAGCAUACCAAACUACGCAAAAUCCUCAAAAUUAUGGAACUAUUUUGGGUAGCAGUGCUGCACUUGGGGGAAUGAUGGGUUAUCGAUUCUAUAAUUCUGGCAAAAUCAUGCCUGCAGGACUUCUUGCCGCAGUCAGUGCCGUGAUGGUUCUCAGAUAUGCAUCAAGAAUUCUUAAUUCAUCACAGUCUGUAAAAAUGCAAUAAUCAUAUUUAAAUCUGUAACUCUUGAAUGUUGCGAUAUAACAAAUUGUAUGUAAGUUGGUUGUAUUUAUUAUGAAUUUUAUAAUCAUGUGCAUGGUAUAAUUUUAAAGUUAUCAAAUUAUAAUACAUUUUAAUAAAAG